AUGGGGAUGACGUAUUCAGGCAGACGUAAGCCCCAGGGCGGGGGAAGGAGGACAGACGUCGGGCCCGCGACGGGCUGUGCGCGAGGUCGGCGGCGCGAGAUCUGUGGCCCUGUCCGCGUGGCCUCAGGCUCUCGCUGUCACUACUUCCCAGUGCAUGAGGGUGCCUGGACCGCAGUGUUUGACGUGAACUAUUUGGAGCUUCAGUGCCACCUGACAGAAAACUUCAUGCCAAGAAAGGAACAGCCACCGUGCAGUGAGGCAGUACCAGCCCACUGCUGCAUCCUGUCCGCCUGCAGCCCCUUCUUCACAGAGCGCCUGGAGCGGGAGAGACCAGCUCAAGGUCGGAAGGUGGUGUUGGAGCUGGGGGGCCUGAAAAUCAGGACACUUAGGAAGCUGGUGGACUUCCUGUAUACCUCAGAGAUGGAAGUAUCUUGUGAAGAAGCCCAGGAUGUGCUUUCUGCUGCCCGUCAGCUCCGUGUAUCUGAGCUCGAAUCCCUUCAGCUCGAAGGUGGGAAGUUGGUAAAAGCCCCUCAGGGACGAAGACUGAACAGGGAGUGCCUACAACCUCCAAGUGCUGCACCAAUCUCUGCCAGGGUGGUGGCAUCCAACCGCCGCCCUCGAACUCCACUGCCUGUUACCCAGACACCCUGUCCUCUUGGGGCAGUGAGAUUGAAGUCCUCAGGGAAGGAGGAGGGGCCCCAAGAGAAGAGCAACCGACAGAAUACAGAGAACUUGUCUGGCACUCUCUUGCUCAAGAGGAAGGCCAGAGCCUGCCCAACUCCUCAAGAAAAAAGCUCUUCACCAUCAAGCCACAGUCAGGGACCUCAGAACAAGACUGGCCCUACCCUUGGUCCUACAGCACUUUCCCCACCCAGCUUGUACCCCUCUAUGGAUGAGCGACUCUUGCCCAGAAAGAUCAGGUUAAGUCGUUCAAAGCCACCUCCUGACGUCUGUACAUCCAAGCCUGCCAGUCUUUUAAGUGGACCCAGCUCAGUGCCCACAGCCCCUGGCCGGCGUCUUUGGCGGCAGAAGAGUGUAAAUAAAGAAGCACCAGAGGACAAGCAGAAAACAGGGCAAGCCAGUCCUCUCCAGAGCACCCCAAGCCCAUCUGGUCUUGGAAAGGCUUGUGGGAGCAAGAAGCGGAGCCCUGAAGUCAGAGCACCUAACUUGGACUCUGCAGAGGAGGGGCAGGUUGGGAGAGUGAAACUUCGCAAGGUUGUCAACGGAACCUGCUGGGAGGUCGUGCAAGAGCCUCCUCUCAAAAACUCUCAAGGCAGCCCUCAGAUCCCAGCACCCGAGGACCUGGAAGAGCCUCCAGGGACUCAGCCAUCCUCAGUUAACGAGGAGGAAAUGUCAUCUGCUAGAACAGACCCGUGUGAGGACUCCCCUGUGUGCUCUAGGCUGCGAGAUAUUCUGCUCUCUGCCAGCUGUUCCCCAGACCACCCCGUGGUGAAGUCUGAGUUUGGGUCCAGUCCAGAGCUGGUAGGGAAAGGACCUGGAUUGGAUACGGACUGCAGAGAGCCCUAUGCAUUUGACACAGCCUUGCUUGGGCAGCCCUGUGAAGCUGAGGAGUACCGAAUCACAAGUGCUGCUGCCACCAGCGAGCUGGAGGAGAUCCUGGACUUCAUGCUCUGUGGCUCAGACAUCGAGCCACCCAUAGGGUCAAUGGAGAGCCCCCGGGCUGAGGGCUACAGGACCCCUAGUUAUCACCUGACAGAAACAGGAAAGAACUGGAUCGAAGGGCAAGAAUGGUGUUUGCCAGACACUGAGCUCUGGCCCAGGGAGCUCACAGGAUUGGAAAAGGAACCUGUUGGUGAGAACAAAGGGCCAAUUGAGCCUUUUAGCCCCCUUGUCAUGCCCUCUGAGAACAAAGAGCCAGUUGAACCUCUGAGCCCCCUUGUCAUGCCCUCUGAGAUGAGUGAAGGGGAGGUGCUCUCUGUGGAAGGCUCUUGGACUCCAGAUCUGGAAAUUACCCGCUCCCAGCCACUGGAUGGUGAGAGAGACAAGCUACUCCACAUUGACUCCCUUGACCCCCCUCCACAAAGGUGCCAUGGGGACCUCUCGCCUUCUUGUUCAAACUGGGUAGAGACUGGGCUGGACAUGUCCCUAACUAUGGAUGAAGUGUUAUACCCUGCUCCAGAGGCAGGCAAGGAGGCAUCUGGCAACUCUGAGUUGUUGGGUCCACUUCCUGCCAGCCCUGAAGAGGAAGAGAUUGAUGUGGUAGACUGGACCUCAGAGGGCACUGUGCCCACGAGUAUUCCCUCUGUAUGGCCCGACCCUUCCUCAGAGUCAGAAACAGAGGUGGACAUUCUAACGUAG